AUUGCACUGGAAUAUUGGAUAUUUAUUGGAUUACCUUUUUGCGGAUCGCCACUGAAAUUGGAUGAAUGUACAUUGAAUUGUAUUUUUAGAAAAGAGAACGAGUCCUGGGGGCAGUCGACAACUUGGAGACAGUGGCAAAUACCUAAGCAUGCUGCAGAAUCCUUCCAAAUAUCACGCAAAUCCCUUGUCGCACUUCCUGGCAUUGCAUAACACACAAGCCAGUGGCGGCGGAGGGUCAGGGGUCGGCGGACUGGGGAGUCUGGGAGGGGGCAUCCCGGCACAUGGUCAACCGCAUCAUGCGCUGCCCUCGGCAGCGCUGGCAGCGGCUGCAGCAGCGGCAGCCGCCGUCUCGGCGGGUCAGAGCUCAUACCAAAUGGAGCACCAGCAGCAACAUCAUCAUCAGCUGCAACAGCCACAUCAUUAUCAGCAAAUCCACCAACCCCACCUGGAUGGCCACCACCCACCGACAACUGGCAGCAACAACACCACCGGCAACAGCAACACAAGCAGCAACAGCAGUAGCAACAAUAGCUGCCACAGCAGCAACAGCAACCACCGGGAACAGUUGGCGGCGGCUGCCACUGCGACGUCGCACGCGCAGCUCAUUGAGGCGGCAGCGGCGCAUUCCUCCCUCGACAUGGGCAAGUCCUUUACCAUCGCCGCCAUUUUGGGCCUGCAGAGCCAGCGAAAGGACUACAACAAUGCCAUCAAUCUGUCCCUUCACGACAACAACAACGGAGACGACAACAACAAGUGCUACACGAGCAACAACAACAAUAACAACAAAGGCAACAACAGCAGCCAGAGUGUAAACAACUUCAAUUGUGAUAGUGGUGCCGGCAGUGGACGUUACCUGCAUAGCGGACAUCCGCAUCCCCAUCAGUCGGGAUUCGCCGCUGUGGCCGCCGCCGUGGGAGCAGCUCCCUCCGCUUUACAAAGCCUGCAGCAGCUCCACCAGCAACACCACGCCCAGCAGCAGGCCACGCUAAGCUUUCAGCGCGAGAAACUCAAGUCGGACUCACACAAAAAAAGCGCGCUGAAGAACAAGCGCGUCCGGACAAUCUUUACGCCGGAGCAGUUGGAGUGCCUGGAGGCGGAGUUUGAACGGCAGCAAUACAUGGUAGGGCCCGAGCGGCUCUAUCUGGCCCACACACUCAAGCUGACGGAGGCACAGGUGAAGGUGUGGUUCCAGAACAGGCGGAUCAAGUGGCGCAAGCAUCACCUGGAGCUCACUCAGCAGCGGCUCGCCUUAAUACGGCAGACUCAGCUGCCGGGCACGGCGAUACUGGGCAAUCAGGUCUCGGUGGCUGUCAGCGCCGCUCACUCUGCGUCUACGGAGCUCACAACCGGAUGUAGUGCAGCUUCGCCCAGCCUUCAGGAGGAAGAUAACGAGGACAGCAAGCAUUCGCUGUCGCUUUCCGGCGCCAUGCCAUCGAUGAGUCGUGCUCAAUCUGAGUCCGAUCUGUCUAUCUGCAACGACUCCCUCGACGGCGAUAGCCUCAUGGAUGGCAGCGAAGAGGCCUAAAGUCCAUGUCAGUGCAA